AUGGCCGUCUUAUCCAACUUGCCAGACGAGACCCUCCACAGAGUCCUCGAGUUCGUCACAAAUGACCGCGAGUCGCUAGAAAACGUCAGCGUCGUCAACAGGCGCCUCAACAAAAUCGUCUUUCCUCUCCUCGUGCGCCAAUGGAACAACAGCCAAGAAUGUCUUGAGCCGUCAAUCGGGAGACUUGCUCUUCAUCUUCUCCGAAAUCCUAAUCUUCGACGGCACGUGAAACGGCUGGACCUUGGAUACCUUCGGCCUUUGUACAAUCAUGAUCCCGAUCCCGAUUCGGUCGACUUGAGCCCUGAGAGUCUAGCUGCUCUCGUAGGCGCUGCUCAUAAGGAUCCUCCUGAGAGUCUAGCUGCUCUCGCAGACGCUACUGAGAAGGAUCUUCAAGUAUCAAAGUUGCUCCCAGCUCACGUAUACCAUCGCAUACGCCUUGGUUGCGUGGAUGCAAUCGCCGUGUUGAUCUUGACUUGGUGUACAAGAUUGACCCAUCUGAACAUCACAGUACCACCUUUUAGUCCUUGUUCUCGCGAACAUUUCAUGCCUCUGCUUUACGUGAAGGAGGCUGUUUGUCGAUUGCUUGAUGGACCGGCUGAAAUGGUACCACAGUUGCCCCUUGACCAAGUUCGUCAUGUUACCUUGCAACCCAGCGACAGCUGGGAAGUCUACGACAUGGCGUAUGCUAGAUCAUUCCUGCACCUUCCUUGUAUUCAGACGCUCUGUGCCUAUGGUUUAGUUGAUGAUCUGGAUAACCCUCUCCCCCUAACGUAUCUUCAUGAUUACGUGCCUCCUUUUCCGGUUUCGACAUCCCCAAUCACAGAGUUAACCAUAGUGGGAGGGUUAUUACGAUCUGGCGUCCCAGAUUUCAUCACUGCAUGUCGGGCCCUCACAAAACUCAGCGUUAGUGUCGACCAUAGGCUGGAAAUGUACGGCUUUCCAGACCAGAAAGAGCUAGCGGGGGCCCUCUUGAAACACAAAGAUUCUCUAGAAGACCUGGACCUCGACAUUAGUAUGCUACAGUUCCCUAGCCUAGACCCGGUUUUGGAGGAGGUGUAUCCACAAUUGUCACGCAUCCAGACUCUUACAGUCCAUAUUGCGGACUUGUUCGAAGGUUCCCGGUCCGAUGAAGUUGAGAAUUGUACCAAGAUCGUCCUUGAUCGGAUACCUCAAGGUAUCCAAGUUCUCAAGCUUCGUACCCAUAUGUUCAUGGAGAGCUGGGUUAGUCAUAGCAAGGAUGUUGAGGGGUUCCUUGAGCCAUACCUGGAGGGUAUUAUAGAGCUACUUGAAGAAGCUGGACCACAGAGGCGGUUUAGCAAGUUACGAGUCCUGGGUCUCUCGAAGGCAUUUAUGGAUGACCCGAUUAUGUUUCAUAUCAAGAGGAUCAAAGAAAUGGCUAGGUUGAGAGGGGUCAACGCUUUGUUUGAUGGUUGA